CAUCUUCAUCUCAAUAAAUAAAGCUUGAACCUGGUUUUUUCACGUUCUCUUGUUAUUAAUCUGCUGUCUCAAGAUUUUAUACAUUUUAUAUUUGUUUUGAUUGUUUUUGGUUUAAAAUGUUAAUCAUACCUAAAAGAGGUUUUCAUCUUUCAACAGUUAAUUGUAAAAGUUUAAAAAAUUUCUCCAAAUUUCCAAUACCCAAUGUAAGAAAUGCUUAUGAACCAAAGAGAAUACCUAAACGUUUAUUCGAAGAUUUUUAUAACUAUCCCAUUUCACGAGAUCCUCUGGGUAUAAGAUGGCCUGGAUAUUGGUUCAAAAGAAAAUUUGUUUAUGUCAAAGAAAUGGAACCUGAAUUGGUAGUUCCAGACUUGAAUGGAUUCAAUUUAAAACCCUAUGUUUCAUAUAGAGUACCGAAGAUUGAGAACAACAAGUUGACCGCUGAAGAGUUAUUCAAAUUAACAUAUGGUAACAAGAUAAUUGAAGCAUCUAUGAAUGGAGAAAAGGUUGAAGUGAGUUUCAAACCAGAGGAUAGUGAAGCUGCUAAAUUGAAACACUUGCAAACAGGAGCUGAUAUGUUUUGUUCGAGAAUUGCAGACAUGGAAGAAGAAGAUGAGGAAGAGGAUGAAAAGUAGAAACUGUUCUUUGUAGUAUAUUUAUUGAAGUUGUGUAUGUAAUUAGUACUUUAAUAUGUUCAGAACUAACAUUAAAAUUCAAGUGUUCAUCAAUACAA